UGACUUAAGAAAGCUUCUUUGUGCCCUCCCCAUGCACACUCAAAAAAGCAUGAAGGACAAGCUAAUGGUGAUAGUGACCACGUAACAGCUCACUGAAGGGACGUAUUCGGACCGUAAAAGAGAUAAUCAGCUAAUAAAAAUGUCUGACAGAAUCGUAGAUGAGGAACCAGCGGCUGUCACUCACACAGGACCAAAGGGUGUCAUCAAUGACUGGCGUAAAUUUAAACUGGAGAGCAUGGACCAGGAGGCUCUGCCUCCCAACAAGAGGGAGCUUCUAAGACAGAUGUCGUCCCCCCACAAACCCAGAGACUCCUGUGUGGGUGGAUUCAAUCGCAAGAUGAGCGCUCAGGAGUAUGAGCUGAUAAAGGAAGAUGAUGAGAAAAGUCUGCGUAAGUACCGCAAGCAAUGCAUGGAGGAGAUGCAUGAGAGCCUGAGCUUCGGGCCCAAAUUUGAGGGUGUGUACGACCUUGACAGUGGCGAGGCCUUCCUGGAGGUCAUUGAGAAGGAGCACCGGCUCACAGUGGUGGUGGUGCACAUCUUCAAUGAUGGAGUGCAGGGGUGCGAGGUGCUUAACAGUUGCAUGGAUUGCCUGGCCACAGAAUAUCCCAGCGUUAAAUUCUGCCGCAUUAGCGCCGCCGCCACUGGAGCUGGGGAGCGUUUCUCAGAUGAUGUGCUGCCCGCCUUGUUAGUGUACAAGGCUGGAGAGCUUCUGGGGAACUUCCUGACUGUUACGCAGCAUUUCAGCGAGGAGUUCUUUGCUACCGAUGUAGAGGCCUUCCUCAAUGAGUAUGGACUGCUGCCAGAGAAGGAAUGUGGCCCUGGAGCUGACGAGGAUGAAGCAGAUGUGGAGUGAUGAAAUAUAGCAGAAAGUAAGAAUGGAUUAAAUGAAUGGGAGGAAAGUUUUUCUGAAUAUGACAAGAAUACGUUUCAUUAUUCUUCCAGCUAACAUGAUGAGAUGCUUCCGUGUGCACAUGCAGCUCAGGGUAAAGAUCUCUUUGAGCACAGUAGAGAAAACGACUGAAUGUUUUGUACAGAAAAACAAGAAAUGGAAUAAAGCCGAGAAAGAUAAUGAGAUAUUCAACUAUCAUGUUUUCUCAUAUAAACAAAUAGACAACUGCAUGAAUAUGAAAUAGAUAAGAAUGAAUUAGUGUCAUGUGGAAUACUUAUGCACAUAUUGUACAUGUGAUUGCAUGUAGCCAAAGAUGAUGCAAAUGGGAAUGGUCCAUGAUUGGUUCUUCUUAAAUGAAUAGUUCGCCCAAAAAUUUAAAAUUAAUGAAAAUAUACUCACCCUCUCUUGCC